GAACGGGGAGCGGGGAAUAGGGAUCUGGGAACGAGUGAUCAGCGGUAGGGCACAGCCAUGUAGCAACCUCACGUGCGUCUCUUUGUCUCUUCUCUCGUUAAAAUGGAUGGUAAGUGAAAUCUCUGACUCUGUUUCUAAGAAUUAUGAAUAAUUCAUGCGCCAGUUGAAUCGAAUCUAAUACGUUUCUCUUAUUUUAGAUGUGAUAGAGAUCAAGUCAAGUGAAAGAUCUUCAAAGAGCCUUGGAAUCAUGUGUUAGUCAUACAAUUCCUCAGGCGUUUAGUCUGACAAAGGUGUUUGACAUCAGAACUUGGCUAAAUGGUUAUGGAGCUGAACUUCAUGAACACACUUUUCCAAAGUGCUUCAAACUGGAAGCUAAUGAAAAUGCAGUAGUAGAGAUGUUCUACAGGAGCCAUUACAAAUGGAAAGGACCAGUGGUGCUUAUAGAGCGGGUUCCACCUGGCAAAACAGAUAUUGUUAAACCAAUCCUAAAAAAGCUUGAUUUUGAAAGACUUAAAACGGACAUUCCAAAGUAUGAAGGCAACAUUCCUCAAUCUGCAUCCACAACAUGGACCAGCUGGCUCAAUAGAAUUGAUGAGUUGUUGGAGGUACCUAAAGAGUACAAUUGGCCAGUAGAGAAACUUUGUAAAGCUGAACGUACAGUACCUCAGCCUGUGUCCGAAAAAGUUCCUCAAGACCUGGAGGAGUUACGUGACAGGGAAACUCAAGAAACUAGAGAGAUUUACGCCGGACGAUAUAGGAGGCCAGAAGAAAGAGCAGCCCCAGUAGCCCUAGUCGAAGGGAACCUUUCUUGAAGGAAUCGCUGUUGGUGCCUUUGUGGCUAUGUACUUCGUGAACUCAAACGAAAUCCCGUGUCUUGGGAAAGUUUUAAAGCUGGAAACGGACCACUUCGAAGUCCAUUACUACAACUGUAGAUGGACCCGAAGGCAUGUCCCACGAAAGAGGGCUACGCCUUGGACUGAGCGAUUGGCUAAGACUUGCAUCGUAUGGUGGGGCCAACUCGUGGAUGGGAUGAAACUGGAAAAGGCUACCAGGACAUUUUUGAAGGAGAGAUACGACUAUCUUAUCAGUCAUUGAUAGCAGAGUUUAAUAUUGUUUUGUAAAAUACAGUAGACUCUCGCUAAAUUAAACUCCGAAAGAAAAGGAAAAUUUAGUUCAAGUUAGCGGGGAGUUCGAGUAAGCGAGGUCGAAGAAACGUGGUUUUGAGUCAUAACCAACUCAAGGGGAACAGGACUUGCUUCGAAAUAGCGGGAGGAUUAGAGUUAUUCUCGUUCGAUUUAACUAGGUUCUACUGUAUGUCGUGUAUUUUGAGAAUGCAUUUCACUCUACAUGUAGUUUGUCCAUAUGCCUUGCCCAUUUUACCCUUUACCUCAAUUUAAAAGUUUUGUUAUAGUUUAUAGUAUUUAUUCAAAGAGUUAAAUAGGCCAUAAAUAAUCGUAUGAUAUUAUAAGUAUAUCAUAUGAAUCAUAUAUUAUAUGUAAAUAAAUUAUGCAGUUCGAAGAA